GUCAAUUUUGUCAGCUGAUAUAAUUUGACAAGCGUAAAAACAACUUUGAAGAUCUUUUAUUUUUCAGUAUUUGUUGGGGGCGUUGCAUUAAAACUUUUCGGUGUUUGGAUAUGAACUGAACUGCUCCCGUUCUUUAGAAACUAUUUCAUUAAAUUAGUGUUGUCGAAUCAGAAUCUCAAACAUCAUGACGGAACGAUUUAUAACAAGUAUGGUGCAGUUAAUACACCCAAAACAAGACGAAAGCAACAUAAUAUCAGCAACAUUCCACAUGAUCACAAUAACACUUAUCAGUAUGUCUCUAGUAGAUCUGACUUGGUUUACAAUUGCUGGAAACGUUUGUGUACCCUACCUCACACUAGGACAGUUUUUUUGGUUUGGAUUUUCAAAUGAUGACAUAAACUACUCAGAUUAUGAUUGUAUAAACACAAAGAUAGUUAACAUGAUGAGAAUUACAAUAUUACUUUGUUUCAUGGCAAUAAUUUUCUCAUUGACUGGUUUUUUUCUGGAAGUUAUUGGUCCAAAACACAUUUUCUACAGGUCAAUCAGGAGAUAUGCAGUUUUGGGAACAUGUACAGUGAUAUGGAUAAUGGCUAUAAUAAGCAUAUCAUAUUACAUAGUGGUUCUCUUGGAAGAUUCCCUAAAUAAGAUAUAUCCAAAAGCUGAUGCAUCUGUUACUUAUGGAUUAGGCUUCUAUUUAAUAGCAGCAUCAGGUGGAGUAACAUGCAUUGGCAUAAUCUACACCCUCCUCCUGCCAUUCCACACAUCUCAGUACCUGCAAGAUGAUGACAGGUGUCUUCUAGAUGCCUUCGAUGACCAUAUGGAUGUUUUCCAUAGCCCUACCCCUCCACCCCCUUAUUGCAUUCCUCCACCACCAUACACGCCUUGAUAACAUUGAGUAGUGAAACAGAAUUUAUGAAAUUGCAAUUUGUUGAUGCAGAUUUGGUAGUUUAGGGCAGAGAAAAUCAAUUUAGAACAAUAUUCCGCAUUGGAAUGUUUAAAAUGUAUUGUUGCUACCUUCCUGUAUUAUAUUAGAUGGGUUGACGUGCCUCUGUAGUGUGGUGUACUUUGUAAUUUUUCGGGGCAGUUACACGCUUCUGGUUUGGUUUUUUCUAUGUUGAUAAAAAAAAAAAUGAUUUACUAUUUAUUUUCUGCUGCAAUAAUGCUAAUGGUUAGCUAAUGGUGCCUUUAACUUUUGUCUUUUUUGUUUAUUUCUGUUUUAUUGAUGUAAUGGGUUUUCCAAUAAGGUUAAUGUUGAAAUGGAAUAAGCCAAAGAAUACACAGUUAACAGUUGGAGGGGCACUGCCGAAAAAACCUUUGAUGUUCAGACUUAAGAAACCAGAUCCUUUUUUUUAGAAUCUUUGCCUCGCAAAACGGAUGCCUUAUCCGAAGGACCUUCGCAUUUUUCCAUUGAUUUGAUUAAUAUAAUUAUCAGGACAUCAUAACAUCAGCACCCCCGUCCCGCCUUCAUUUUGCAGCCACGCUUACAGCAACACUCGGUUUUACCGAAUCCUCGUGUAACGCCACCCACUUCCGAUUUUGCUUCCCACGAUCUCGGAUGCCGACGAUCGACUACUUGCUUGUAAUUUUUUUAUGUUGAAAUGUUUCAUCGCAGGCAAAGAUUAUGUGAAAGCACACAAAUGCUAAACAUUUCAGGGGCCACAGGUAUUGUUUCAGGUACGGCGACUGAAACCGGUUUUUUGGGGGAGUGCCUCUUCUAUUAACCCUUUUUUUUUUUUAAUAAUCUAUGCGUGAGGUAUUAAUGAAAUUCUGUUUUUCCCGCUUUUGUAUGGAUAGUUAGGUUAUUCAAUUCAACCCUACCAUACACAUUAUGACCUUCACUGUCAUAUUCCAUAUACGUAGUCGUGCCAUAAGUUCUGUCCCAUGAUAAUCUCAUGAUAAAAAUGAAACAAGAUAAGAUAUAUUUAUAUGAAAGAUAUUAUUUAUUCGACAACAUUUUUAGAAUUCAUAAUCAAACAGUUUUAUUCAAAAUGUCCCCCCUUGGCCUUCACACACUGCUUCAAUCUCGCGGGCCACUCAUCUAUCACUGCACGCACAGCUUCCAAAGGAAUAGCUGCCGCUGAUCGGAUCAAAUCCGCUUUCAGGGACUCGAUAUUACGGUGGGCUUUGGAGCAGGCCAACUGCUCUAGCAGGUCCCACAACUUGUAGUCUAAAGGAUUGAGGUCCGGACUCCCUGAGGGCCAAUCUUCCGCAGCAAUGAACUCUGGCACAUUGCUUUCCAGCCAGCGCUGCGUACUCUUAGCCUUGUGAGCGGGGGCGGAAUCCUGCUGGUAGACCCAGUGUUGGUUGGCAAACAAUGUACCACUUAAAGGCUUGACGAUAGGAUCCAGUAUGUCGCUCUGAUAGUUUGCCGCUUUUGUUUUCACGCCCUGUUUACAGAAAUGGAGCUGAGUGACCCCUUCGUAGGACGCCCCCCACCAAACCAUGACUGACGCAGGGUGGUGGCCUCUCUCAACUCUCGGAAUGAUCUCCGAAGCUUCCUGUGAACUCCUUGCAUACACUUUGUCAUUUUGUCGGUUGAAUUUUUCUUCUAUGGUGAAGAUUUUCUCAUCCGUGAACAAAAUCUUUCGGAAUCCUCCAGCUGCGUACCUCUCCAAGAGCUUCUUGGAUCUUGUCGCCCUGAUGUGUCGCAAGGUGGCCGUAAGUCGCUGGCCCGUACGUCUCCGGUAAGCCCCUAGCCCUAGGUCUUGUUUAAUGAUGCGCGACAUCGUCCGGACAGGAAUCUUCAUUUCCCUGGAUAGGAUCUUCUGCUUCCGGAGUGGAUUCCUUUGAAUCCUGGCUUUUACGGCUUUGAUGGCUGCUGGAGUCCUUACUUGACGAGGUCUUCCGCUUCUUGGCCUGUCAUCAACAGAGGACGUCUCAUUGUACCGCUGAAUGGUCCUAGACACAAAUUUACGUGAUAUUUGAAGGCCGCGUAAGAGUUCAAAAAUCUGAGUAGCACUGUGAUUACACUUAUGUAAAGCUAUCACUGCAAUACAGUUCUCUGCCUUGCCCCACUCCAUCGUUAUGCUUCGAGAGAUCAAUACAAACUGAGGUAUAUGUAAUUACCCGAAAAGCGCUUAAUCAACUGACACCACAAUGUAAACAAUCGGACAAGUAUUAACAGGUCUACACUUGUUUGAAAACGAGGGACAGAACUUAUGGCAUGACUACGUAAAAUUGAACACAGCUUGUUAUGUAUUCCACUUCAAUGUCGACACGUGUUUAUUAAAAUAUACCUAUUUCAAAUUUACCUUGUAUAAAACAAACUUGUUAAAUUGAUGAGGUGUCAUUUCUGCAUCAGCAAAUUGAUCACAAAGAUGUAUAUGUAUUUAUCCAAGUCAGUAUAUAUUAGUAUAUAUGUGUGAUAGAAUAAUAGUCUAGUCUGUAUUGUCUGAAUUUACAAAGAUUUAUUUGAUCUGCUUAUAAAAAAGAAUCUUUUUCCUAAAUCUUCCGAAUCACCCAGGUGGUUGAUUUAACUUCUGCCAGACUGUAGAUAUUAUAUUGAUAUAGUCCGUCUUAUAUGGGAUAUAUUCGCAAAAUAGCGUAACUAGAUAUGUCUUCUAUGCUUUCAGCACCUCAGGCUAUUUUUCAAAAGUUUAUGUAAUUCCUGGAAAACUAAUCAAGACAAAUCCAGUGAUAUAAAACGUCCUGUUUCGUUUUUCAAACCAGUAUUUUGAGAUUAUCUGUUUGUGCAUCACACUGUGUUUUAUGCUUAUGACUGUAUAUUUUGGAGAAGUCAUUAUUUUUAUAUUAAGAGUUUAAUACCAUGACCUAAAGGGAAGUCUACAGAUUGUGUUGUUACAUAUGUUCAUAAAAAAAUUGAAAAACCAAAGAAUAUUCAGCAGGUCUUCAGACGCUAAACUGAUUUUUGGCUUAAAUCCCUGUUGAUGUUUCACAGUGUUGGCUUUCCUUUGCGUAUAUUUUGUUAAUAUUUUAUUGUUUGAUUUAACAGAAUGAAAUGCAUAAGGCUUUAUUUGUAAUUACCCAUAAAGUAUUUUUUUAAAUAAUAAACCC